CUCCACUCUCUCUGCUUUCAAACGUCCCGCGGAGGGUUUUCUUGUGUUUGUAAGCGAACCCCGGGCAUUGUGCGCUUUGUUUGCACGCUAUUUUGCUGAUGGAUCAAGUUUCGCGUCCCCUGGGGUGACGCACUUGUCGCGAUCCCAGCAUGCAUCGCUGCAUCAGCAUCCCAGCAUGCACCACAAGACUCACGACCUUUACCCCUUGACCCACAUACGACCCUCGCGGACUGACGUGCAACAACUGCAUCAUCCUGAUUUUCUCCUAAAAUUUUGCCUUGAAUCCUUCCAGCUUGGUGGUGUGUCUGUCGUCUAUAGGUAUGCUCCCAUUGGUCAGUGCCCUGAGAUUUGUGGGAAAACUGACAAAACCUGCCUGUGGUUGUGUUUCACUGCUCGAAACUAGGACGCUAUCAUCUCAGAUUGACUUGCAAAGAAGGAUGUCUUCCCAAAAGUUUGCCAACCCUCCCAAAAGGUUGGAUGGCAUCGACAAGAAUGUCUGGGUGGAGUUUGUACAGCUAGUGUUGGACACCAAAGCUGUAAACCUGGGGCAGGGCUUUCCCGAUUUUUUCCCUCCUGACUAUGUUACCAAAGGACUGGUAGACGCUGCCCAGAACUCAGGACCUCUGACAAACCAGUACACAAGGGGCUUUGGCCAUCCCAGGCUGAUUGCAGCCAUAUCUAAAGUGUAUCACAAGUUCCUGGGGAGAGAGCUGGACCCGGCUAAAGAGGUGCUGAUCACAGUGGGAGCCUACGGGUCCCUGUUCUGUAGUAUCAUGGGACUGGUGGAGCAUGGGGAUGAGGUGAUUAUCAUAGAGCCGUACUUUGACUGCUAUGAACCCAUGGUGAAAAUGGCAGGAGGAACCCCUGUCUUCAUUCCACUCAGACUGAAAGACAGUGGGUCCAACGUCCUGUCCAGUGCUGAUUUCUACCUGGACCCUGCAGAGUUAGCCUCCAAGUUCACCAGCAAGACUAAAGCCAUCGUGGUCAACACUCCAAACAACCCACUGGGCAAGGUUUAUAGGAGGGAGGAACUACAGAUGAUUGCUGACUUGUGUAUAAAACAUGACGUGGUGUGCAUCAGUGAUGAGGUGUAUGAACACAUGACCUACAACAACACUGAACAUGUCAGGAUGGCUACCCUACCAGGCAUGUGGGAGAGAACCAUCACCAUCGGCAGUGCAGGGAAAACCUUCAGUGUGACGGGGUGGAAGCUUGGCUGGUCCCUCGGUCCCAGUUACCUGCUGAAACACCUCCAGACAGUGCACCAGAACUGUAUCUACACCUGUCCUACACCUAUACAGGAGGCUGUGGCCAGAGGUUUUGAGUUGGAGUUCAGCCGGAUGAAUUCAGAAGAGUGCUACUUCAAGGCUCUGGCUGAGGAACUCAAACCAAAACGGGACAACAUGGCCAGGAUCUUGACAGAAGUUGGCUUCAAGCCGGUGAUUCCUGAAGGAGGCUACUUCAUGCUGGCAGAGAUCUCCAACAUGAAGGUGGACCUGUCCAGUGAGGACCCAGACCAGCCUUAUGACUACAAGUUUGUGAAGUGGAUGACUAAAAACAAAGGCCUGGCCACUAUCCCCAACAGUGCCUUCUACUCUGCUGACCACAAGCCACUGGCUGAGAAAUUCAUCCGCUUCUGUUUCAUCAAGGAGGACAGCACUCUUGCACAGGCUGAGAAGAUUAUCAAGGACUGGAAGGCCUCCAUCGAAGGGUGAUCAUGUGAUGAUCAUGUGACCAUCAUGUGAUCACCUGGUAACUCAGGGCUGUCUCCUGCACAUCUGUACUCUUGUCUUCAAACUUUUAACAAACUAGAAAACAUGCUAUAUACCAGGGUACUGUUUCAUUAGAAUGCUGUGUUACAACUAUGAGUGGACUAGCUUAUUUGUUGUUAAUUCAAGUAUUUAAAUCGGCGGUAUUUAAAUCUUGAGGAAUUGUGAAUGGAUAAAAGUUUUUAGAGAUGACUUAAAGAAUAAUGCAUCGGCCAUUUGACCAAUGAUCGACCGAAAAGGAAUCUACACCUUGUUGUAAUGAAUACUUCAUGUAUUUGAGACUCAAUUUUAAGUAAUCCUAAUAAUGACAGAUGUGUAGUUAGAACCUGUUGUUUACUUUAGUUUGAUAUGUGCUGUUGAUGUUUACCACCAAUGCUGGUUGUGGUACAAGUGGCUGAUCCAAGACAAACAAUCAUGAUCCAAUCAUAG